UGAUAUUUCAACAUCUUAGAAAGCUAGCACUGGUAAGAUUUCAGAAUCACUUUGUCCACUUCUGCAAUCUUUCUCUCUUGAUGAACAUUCAACCAUAGCAGAUAAAUUUGCACUAAUAUGCCUUAUAUAUUGCACAUAUUAUAGAGAGAAAAUAAGGCCCUUACUUGUGUGUCCACAUUAUGAACCAGCAAGAGAAUCAAGACUUGGCUUCUUCCUUGCCUGCUCUUCCACGGUUAGAUCGCCUUGAUCGCCUAGUGCAGCUUCUGGAAGAGAAACAUGGGCUUUCAGGAAGAGAUACUGCCUUGAAGAAAGAGGAAGGAGAGGAGGAUGAGUCCAAGACUAAUCUAACUCUGUCCUCUGCUCUUGAAGAAGUUCAUCACAAAGGCACACUCAUGGAGCGACUAGCGCUACUUGAGACUCGAGUUUUGCAGUUAAGCCAGAUAAGCCUAGAUAUGGAUGAAGGAAACACGUCAAGGUCGAGCUCAUCAUCAGGGCAUGUUUCAAUUACAGUAGGCCAAGCCCAGGACGAAAAAUCAAAUCUCCAGGAUAGGAAAGGCCCUGAUCAUCUUGUAGUCGAGGAAAAAGGCUUGACUAAUGAAAUACCUUCGACAAAAAAGACAGAACAAAGUACUAUUACUAAUAAGAGUAGGAUUAAGAGAAGGAUAUCCCUCAGAAAAUUGCUUGGGUGGCUCCGACUGGGAUGUUAAACUAUGAUAUGUGAAUGUUUCGAACCAUUGUUAUAUAUGCCUUAAUUAAGCAGUUGGUUUAACAGGUUCGCUCUUUUUAUUUUUAUCUUAACUAAAGUACUCCCGGAAAAGUACAAGAGUGUGUCAAUUUACUCGCAAAGUUUAAGAGUGUAACUGCAAAUUUGGUGCAAGUUUAGGAGUGAAUUAUGUAUCAAACAACAUAUUAAUAUAAGAUGUUAUAAAUU